CCUGAGUCUGGGUAGGACACCAGCAGCAGAAGCACGAGUCUCAUGUCAUCACUGGACUUGAUGAAAAAGGAGUGUUUUGCUUCUGGGACCCUGUCCUCGGCUUCUUUCAAAAGAAGAUUCAUAAAGAAGGGGAGGGUCGCUCCGAAGGCGAGGCAGGAUGCAGACAGCGACUGCCAGCUGUGCAGGUAUUCCAUAUUUUCCCUGACUGGCAGUAGUCGAACUGUUCGGCGAAUCCUGACAGCCUGCCUACUCUCUUUCCUGGCUCUAAUUGGCUCUGUUUCCAUCGACCUCAGCUCCAACUUUGACUUGUUGCACACUACAGAGGCAGCUUACAAUGAGCUGACUUCAUGCAAGACAACUGCUUUUCUGCAGCUCAUUAGCAAACUUCAGAAGAUGAGACAUUUAUUUGCCAAAGACAUGGAAAACGAGACUUUGGGGGCAAGCUUUUCAGAGAUUAUGUUGCCUGUCUUUGAUCGUCUCUGUGAUGAAAUGGCGGGUCAUAGUAACGGCCAUGGGCUUAAUUGCAGUAUUGAGUUGUCUGGAUUUUGCAAUCAAGUAUUUUUCAAUGCUUCACUGGAUGCAAACACAAAUGACAAUGAAACCUCUGCUUUCUCCUUGGCCAUCGGAAGGCUUCUUGACAUCUGGGGUACAAUAGAAGAUAGUUUGGUCAACGUCAAGCAGAAUUCUAACUGGAGAGAUGUCCUGUCUGCAAGACUUCUGGUAACAUUCAUCGAGCUCAACCACCAGCUGAUGGACUUCCGCCACAUGGCAACUCUUACUGGCUUCCAGUACAAGUGGACAUACGUACUGAGCUACCUCAGCUUUGCCAGGAUCAUGACAGAGCGACUGAAUGAUUGCUGGUUCGAGAAUAUAGACCUUAAGUUAAACUCAAGCUUGGAUGUUCAACAGUCGUCUAUUUUAGACACAAGUCCAUGGCAAAUAUCUGGAGCUGGGACCGAGCUCCUGUCUGGGUCCCACAGAGGAAUUCAAGCUCUGACAAACACCCAGCAGUGCUUGUUUGAUCGUGCUGUGCUCGCUCUCAGGUUGGCAUCUCGAUCCAUAUCUUCAGUCCUCAGCAUGAGGAUCUGCCUGCUGGCAUUAGCUUGCCUUAUCUACCCGGUGGUGAUGUUCUCUUUCAAGCAGAUGACAGAGUGGAUACAGAACUACGCCCAAAGUUUGAAGGAGAAGACUGAGGACCUGAAGCGUCAGAGGCAGCUGGCUGAAGAUCUGCUGCACCAAAUGCUGCCCAAGUCUGUUGCCAAGCAGCUCCGCCAGCACAAGCACGUUGAAGCUGAAAGCUAUGAAAAGGUUACCAUUUUUUUCUCAGACAUUGUGGGCUUCACUUCUAUUUCUGCAUCUUGUACUCCUCUUCAAGUAGUGGAAAUGCUCAACAACCUCUACAUGUGUUUUGACACACGCAUUGACUCCUAUGAUGUCUACAAGGUAGAGACAAUUGGAGAUGCAUAUAUGGUGGUGAGCGGCCUGCCUGAGAGAAAUGGAGACCGACAUGCGGAUGAGAUUGCUAAAAUGGCACUGGAUCUGGUAGCAGCUGUCAGGCAGGUCUCCAUCCCUCACAUGCCCGAUACGAGACUGGAGCUCCGAGCAGGAAUCCACACAGGUCCAUGUGUGGCAGGAAUAGUGGGCUACAAGAUGCCAAGAUACUGUCUGUUUGGAGACACUGUCAACACAGCCUCUCGAAUGGAGUCCACCAGCCUGCCUCAGAGAAUCCACGCCAGUUCAGAAACCUAUUUGGCUCUGGUCAAAGACAACGCCUAUGAGCUGCAGCUUCGUGGAGAGAUUGAAGUAAAGGGUAAAGGCAAAAUGAGCACUUACUGGCUGGUCGGACAUAAAAACUACAGUGUGCAGAAUGACAGUCUGGUUUGCCACUGGAAUCCAGGCAAGAACAGAAAGAAGAAGACAGUGGCAGACAGCCAGGUCUCUGUGGGCAAUGUGAGUUAAGUUCAGUUUAGUUUUGCACGUUUGCCAUUCAAAGAGCCACUUUGCCGGGCAGGACAUUUGUGACUGUCCUCUAGUUGUUGCCCUACAUCAUUAAGUAUUCUCGCUAAAAUGUACAUUUCGCUUGAAAUAACCCGCUAUCUGCCUGUUUGGUUAUUGCUUACCUGCAUCAAUGCCAGGAGUUUUUUUUUUCAUUUAACUUUUUUGAAACGUGAUUUAUUUUCUGUAAAUACUAUUGUUCAUUUUCCUGUCUCUAUUUUGUUUUAGAUUUCGAUGUUGUUUUUAAUGUCCAUGUAAUUCUGUAAAUUAUCAAUUGUUCUGAUGGUUAUUUCCAUGUUUUGUGUUCAUGACUUUAAAAACCUGAGUACAUCAUAUGGAUGUUGGUGUAUCUACAAGUUUCUGAUGCAUAAAUUGUUUCACAUUAAGUUAAUGAUCACCGAGAAACUUAAAGCUCUAACAACACGUGGCAUGCAGUCACACAAAGGUGCCUGGAGGUAAACAAAUUCUGUCAAUAAAUCCGUGGACACCAUUUUUAAACCUCACAACUCCAGUGAAUACCAUAAACACUGGAGUCAUUGUUAAAAUCUAUCCAAUAUGAUUUGAAAAUAGUGCAGGUAUUAUUCUAUUCUUUUCUGUGUGCCGCACAGAAAAUCAUAUACAGUAUAGUGCUACUAACUAAUUCUAUCUAUCUACAGCCAUGGCCAUAAGUUUGGACACAGCAUGACUUACUAUGUCUGUUUUGAUGUCUAUUACAGAACAUAACUAAUAUUUUUUUACAGCACCAGUUUAAUUAGUCAACAAAUCAACAAGGGAUAUAAUAUUAUCAAUAAAUUCCAACAAUUGGAACAACUUUGUUCCCAAGACAUAAUAUUAGAAGAAAAUAACAAAAAAAAUGCAGUACUUUCACAACCGAAUUUGGUAAGAAUAACAAAAUGACACCAAACUCUUUUGAUGAUUUUUUUUAAAUAUGAAACUUAAUAUAGUUCUCAGGAGUUGUGUACUGUAUUGUAAGUGACAAUUUUGUGGUAUUUUCUAAGAUUCACAAGCGUCAUGGUACUUGUGUCCAAACUUAUGGCCAUGGCUCUAUCUAUCUAUCUAUCUAUCUAUCUAUCUAUCUAUCUAUCUAUCUAUCUAUCUAUCUAUCUAUCUAUCUAUCUAUCUAUCUAUCUAUCUAUCUAUCUAUCUAUCUAUCUAUCUAUCUCUAUCUCUAUCUCUAUCUCUAUCUAUCUCUAUAUAAUGUUGAAAGUUAGAAACUGGGUAUUUCAAUGUUCUUUCAGUCUUACCUCUUGUGAUACAUUUACAGUUUUUCUCAGUUGCUUUGGUACAUUUCUCAAAUCAUUCUUGACAUUUGUAAAACAGUAAGUGCAUUUCUCAAAACAAUUCAUACAAACAGCAAAACACCAUAGACUACCUGCAAAAGCCAGUCUCUUGCUCAAAAUCCUGAGUUCAUCUCUCAAAAGUAAAUAUCUGUGUCAGUGAAGAUGUCAGUGGCAUCAGGAUGACAAGACCUUGUGUCAUUGUGUGUGGAUAAGACGGUCAAAUUGCUUAGUCAUGUUGUCAUUCUAACAGUGUACUCUGGAGGGAUGUUCUGAUGUAAACUAUGGCUAAAGUUUUGAUUACAACUAUUGUAAAUUGUAAGUUAGACCUUAGUAUAUGUGGGAGACUGAUUGCAAUAGAGUGGACAAGAUUCACAUUUAUGCUUUUACUGUUGUAAUUUGGAGUGUGAUUGUUUGUCUGUAUAUGUAGCCCUAAGACAGACUGGCAACCUGUCCUGGGUGUCCCCUGUCUUUGCCCGAGCCAGCUGGGAUAGACUCCAGCACCCCCCGCGACCCCAGUGAGGAUAAAGCGGUGUAUAGAGAAUGGAUGGAUGUUGUAAAUUGUUGACAGACCACCUCAUUGCGAUACAGAAAGGAAAACAGCGCUGCAUAGCACAAAGAAAAAACAAAAGUAGAAAUGUAAACAAUCUCCUUAGGGAAAAGUGUACAUGCAGUGCUGUAGGAACUACAGUGCAGUCUUCCUACACCUCCUGACAUUCCUGUCUGUUCAGCCACAAAUUCUCAUCCACAUCACGAAUAUCUCCUCUUGCAUCUUUGACUUCAGGAAACCAUAACCCUUCACACAUUUCCCUUCGUUAGAGAAAUGCAAGAUUCACCUGGGAGCAAUUUAUCAAUUCAGGACAGGUUUAGAAAAAAGUUUCAAGGAAAUGUGUAGAAAUAUCCUUGACAUA